AUUUCCCUCUCUCCCCCAAUAAGACCCACGCCUCACUCCCUCUCCCUCUCUUCUUCAUCUUCAUCUCUCUCUCUCUCUCUCUCGACUGCUCACUCUCGUUGCCCACAAUGCAUUGCGCAAGAUUGUUCCUCUGAAACACCCCCCUCCCCUCUUCCUCUUAAAUCACGCAUUCGUCGUCGUCGUCGAGAAUGGAGUUCGAUCUUGAAAACCCGCUCACCAACUUCGACGAUGGCUUCCCUGACAAGACCUUCCUCUUUCUCGUCGAGUUGGACCACAUGCCGUCCGAGAAAUACCUCGCCGGUCUUCGAUCGGUCGGCUGCUCCGACGAUCUCUCUGUUCGACGGGGCAUCAUCUCUUCUAUCUCGCAGUUAUCUGGAAACUUGGACCCGACGCUAUCGUACCUCGCGAUCAAUUAUGUCGAUCGGUUCCUGUCCUCCCAUAAAUUGCAGAAACCGAAGCCAUGGGUCUCGAGGCUUCUUGCCGUAUCUUGCGUAGCUUUGGCCGCGAAAAUGCUGAAAACAGAGAUCUCUCUCGCUGAUGUUCAGAGUGAUGGAGGAGGAGGUUUCAUAUUCGACGCACAUUCAAUACAGAGUAUGGAGUUACUCGUGUUGGGGGCUCUCCAAUGGCGAACGCGCUCAAUCACUCCCUUCUGUUUCAUCUCCUUCUUCGUCUCUCUGUUCAAACUCCGAGACCCGCCAUUGAGGCAGGCUUUCAAAGCUCGAGCGAGCGAGAUCAUCCUCAAAGCUCAGAAUGAUAUCAAGCUUCUGGAGUUCAAGCCAUCAAUAACAGCAGCGUCAGCGCUUCUCUGCGCAUCUCACGAGCUGCUUCCCUUGCAAUUUGCGAGCUUCAAGAGCGACAUCUCCAGUUGUUCAUACGUAAAUAAGGAUAACUUGCUGCAUUGUUACAACGCUAUGCAACAAGACGUAGCGAUGGAGGGAUGCGAGUCAGCGCUCGAUGUUCACUCAAGCUCAGACACCCCCAUUAAUGUGCUGGACCACCAUUUCUCGUGCUCGGACAGCGAGGUGACCAAUGCCGCAGCCUCCACCGUCAGGUCACAGCGAGCUCUCAAGAGAAGAAAAACCCAGUAAAACAGGGAAAAAAAACAAACAACUUGUAGUCAACUGAGGGACUCUCUGUCUCUGCGAAAUAGUUAAUUGCUUUUAGUGUCAGCGUUGCGACUUUGAAAAUGACACCAGCUUGGUUCACAGAACUAAGAGAGAGAAAGAGAGGGAGAGAGAGAGUGGGAAUGAGAAGUGGAUGUUGCGAGGGACAAAAUCGCUGCGACGUGAUCUCAGUACGGGGCCCCUCCAUUAACGCUGGCUGUUCAAAACAGGGUCCGAGUAGCAGGAGGCUAGGAGCAGAG